UUGAACAUUUUCUUCAUUUCGAAUCCAUAAGUGUAAAUGUAAAGUGGUUUUCUGUGGAUGACGCGAAUAAGGUGAAGAAGGUCCUCGACAGCUCUUCUAACUUCAAAUCAGGAAUCUUUGAAGUUAAAUAUUGCAAUCCUCUCGAAAUAGCCCAAGUAUUUGAUCCAAGUUAUGCAGGCGACACCAGCGGUUCACUCAUUUAUAAAUCUUCCCGACAAUAGUACCUUCAAUUAUGUGCCCUCCCCAGCUUUCCAACAUAACAUUCUUCAUACUGUCUCCGCCAUCUCUCAAUUGUAUUUGAGCCCAACUCUGUGUUUUAUUUAUCCUUCAAUAAAGGAGCCAGUCAUGAAUUGAAUUUUCAAAGAUUUCCUCCAAGAACAAAUGUCUGUAACUCUCGAAGAGAACCCAAUCGCAAUUCGAACUUGUAUUCUCUACGAAUUCCGAAAGAAUCUGCCAAUUUUCGAAUCGUUUAAGAAUUUUUGCCAUGUUCUCGGAGAUGAUUUGAUUGGAUUUCCCGAAUUUGAGUUUUGGUUUUAUCGAUUUUAUAAAGGGGAUUUUGAUUUAAACUAUGACCGGAGCCAGGAAACAAUACACCCUACAUUGUUCGACUUGCCGCUGCAAAUUCAUGACAAAAUUUUGAAAAACUUGAACGUCUUGGAAAGACUAAAUCUGCGCAACGUCUGUUUCAAUUUCCGUAAAAUCUCUGAUGAACCGCCUACCCAAGUAGUAAUAAAUACGAUAAAUACGGGGAUGCAGGAGACAACUUUCAAAUUCGACUGCGGAUUGAACCAUUAUGUAAUGAUAUGCAAAGAUGUGGAUAAUGAUUGUAUCAUAACCUCCAGCUGCAAAUAUGACGGUCAAAAAGAGUGGAAAGUUGAAGGAGCAUCUGUUUUCCCUGCGGUGUUAGGACCUUUUCUUCGAAAAUGUCCAGUGGUAGAUUGUCUUGUCUUGACCUCGUGGACAUCCCGCAAUGGUCGUUUAAUGAGCUGCAUGGAAAGUACAAAACCAAGUGUGAAGAAACUCGUAUUGAAUACCUUUAUUAACCACGAAAACUAUUUCCUACUGAAGAACGUGAGAGAAGUACAACAUAUUUCCAUAGUUAUGGUCCCAGACGCCCUAGAAGUAGAUCAGUUAAUUGAACUCGAGCAAUGGAAAAACGCAGUGUCGGUUAGUGUUAAUUACCUGCUCGAUUGGAAUAUCGAGCAUUUUCAUCAUUUUCAAAAUGCUAUCAUUUUUCUCAAACACAUGACUGUGGAAAAUGCGGUGAAGGUUAAGAAGCUUCUCGAAUGAACAUCCACUUUGAACGAAGGCUCGUGCA